AUGGAGGAUGAGAAGGACGCGUUUUACGUUGUGAGGAAAGGCGACAUUGUUGGCGUGUACAGGAGUUUGAAUGAUUGCCAGUCUCUGCUAUGUGGUCCAGAUGUUGAUGUUUUCAAAGGCUAUCGAUUGUCUAACGUUGCUGAAAAAUUCCUCUCCUCGCAUGGACUCAAUAAUGCAAUCUAUUCCGUUGGUGUUUCUAAUGUCCAAGGUGACCUUUUUGGACAACUUAUUCCCUGUCCAUUUCAGCAACCAGCUUCCAUUAAAGCUAACAGCAAGACACCUAUAGAGAAGAGGAUGAAGAAAGAUGUUGUUGGAUCAACUUCAUUAUCAGAAGCUCCUCAAAGAAAGUUACCUGAAACAGAAAGCUUUAUAGAAGCUUUACCAGUUUCUGCUUAUUGUUGUUCCUGUAUUCUUGAGUUUGAUGGUGCAGCCAAAAAUAACCCUGGACCUGCAGGUGCUGGUGCUGUGAUCCGUGCAGUAGACGGAAGUCUGGUUUAUCGUCUGCGUGAGGGUUUAGGUGUUGCAACCAACAAUGUGGCUGAAUAUCGAGCUGUGAUUUUAGGGUUACGGUAUGCUCUCGAGAGAGGGUUUAGACAUAUUCGUGUGCAAGGAGACUCUAAACUUGUUUGUAUGCAGGUUAAUGGGGUGUGGAGGACGAAAACACAGAACAUGACUGAGUUGUGUAAAGUGGCGAAGGAAUUGAAGGAGAAGUUUUUAUCUUUCCAGAUUUGUCAUGUUGAAAGGGAAUACAAUUCUGAAGCAGAUGCCCAAGCCAACCUGGCUGUAUAUCUCCAGAGUGGUGAAGUUCAGGAGGAAGUCGAGAGGAGAUAGUUUAAUUCGAACCCUUUCUAAAAAUGUCAACUAACAACUCUCUUUACUUUUGGGUCCUCAGAAUGUAAUUCGCAAACACAAGAAGCGAUAUUUUAUAAAAAAUAGCAUUGACGUAUUUUUUUUGA